GGCUGCCUAUUCAAGUGGCCACCUGGGUGGAGUGGGGUCGGUCAGACACAGGCGACUCCGGGCGGAUGUUGUGGAGGGACUGUGAGGUUGUGCAGUUGCUGCCCAACCACAGUUUCAGGGCUCGCUGCUUCGCCUCGGACGAACCUAAAGUCAACGCAACCGAGUAUGUCUGCCGCAUGAGCGACUUCGUGCCUCCCCGAGUGCCCUGCCCUUCACCGACGGAGUGCGCUUGGCGGCUGCUACCAUUGGAGGCGGAUGUCGCUAGAGAUAUAUAUCCUGGGGCAUGCCUGUCUGUGGGCUUGACGGCUACGAGCCCGUCACCACAGGAGCAGGGGGUGUCGGAGUCCUUCGCGCGGGCGUACUUUGUUGAUGUGGUUGUCCAGGACGUGUACUUCUCGCUAGAACAGGCAUCCCGCGCCAAGUCCGCGGUGGCAGAGGCGCGAGAAAGGGAUGAAGCUACAGGCAUCCGCACUGUCUUUAUUGGCCGCAACAAACAUUUGAGCUCUACAGAUGCCGUUAAUCCAGCAGCAGCGGCGGCGGCGGCGGCAGCAGCAGCAGCAGCUGCUGCUGCUGCAGUAGCAGCUGCACGAGAAGGAGUUGGAGCGGCACCGGCGGGGCCUGUCGAGGGCUUGCGCCCAAACUGCGUCGUACGGGCUAUGCGGGUAAUGGUCCUCCGGACGGGUGGAGCUGCAAAUGAAUUCGCUUUGGUGGCGGGGAGGCGGAUUUACAGGCUGCCGUUUGAUUUGUUUAACGACAACGGAGGCAUCUUGAGAGAUUGUGGGGCCCGGCGCAGACAGAGCUCGAUCGUUCCUCGACUCGUUUGGGCCAUCCCCAGGGCCUUGGUGCCCCCACAACCGAAUCAGUCUAGAGGAGCGGCCAAGACGGGGGGCGCCAAAGGCGGGGCCGAUCCGACAGUGGAGGUUGCAGCGAAGCGGUGGCAGUACAGGACACAAGAGAAUAGCACAGAGUGGACGGUGUUUCCUCCCUUCGUUGUGGUGUACAUACCUUUCGACGGUUCUGCGUGCUACCAGAGAAGUCAUCCCCUGCUGCUGCGCUACUUGCAGCCCGAGGUCGAUAUAAAGGCGCUUUGUCAAGGUGGCUGGCGCCUCUGCUUGCCACAGUACGAGACCCCCUGCAUGCCUCCUGUGCUGUUGCCUCACCCCAGCGAUGCCGCUGCGCCGGCGCUGAGAGCUUCAGGCGGCUGCUGCAGAGAGCCUGAGGAGACAUGGGGGGAGGGGCAGUUGCGACUGGACAGUCCAUAUACGGCCAGCGCCUCCCGCUGUGGCACUGGGCCUGGGGGUGGUACUUCUGAGGGCCGCUUGGGCGUCAUCAACAGUGACGAACUGACGGAUUCCUUUUGUUGUUCCUUGCAGACUGCAGCAGCACCGCCGCAACCGCUGAACACCAGCUCUGGUGGUGCACCAGCGGGUGGGGCAGAAGGGGGGGCCCGAGCAAGCGUAUUGGGCAUCAACCAUCUGGCGUCUCUCCUGUGCAGCGGGGCAGAGGGUGCACCUUCUCGGGAGUUGUUGGCGAAAGCGCUCCCAUUCUUCCGGGGUCUUCUGCCUCAUCUAACUUCUGCGCAACCCUCAGAAGCAGCAGCAGACUGGCAGCUCGAUGUGGCUCGAGCAGCCGUUCGAGCAGCAGAGCGGGCGCGGGAACUGUACGUGGAGGAAGAGGAGACAGAGGCUGAGAGGCUCCGCCGCCAAGGCCUCUCCUUUGCUGGACCCGCCGUAGGCACUGCGCCCCUAGCAGAGGUAGCGCGACCUCAGCGUGCGCCGGAGUUUGCUGGGGGAGUUGGUGGACAGGAAGGAGAGGGGGCAGAAGCGUGGGAGUUGUUCGGAAGCCCGGGAAGUCGGUACCCUACAAGUAAGGACAUCUCUCGCUUCCUCCUCCGAACAUCAGGCCACAGCCUGGGGGGGGUCCCGGGCAGAGCCAGUCGCGUCUUGGAUGCCGUUACCUCGCCGACAGAGGCCACAGGGGGCCCAGCAGGGGGGCCGCGGCGGCGACCUGUGGACACUCCUGUAGGGGUCGUGGCGGGCAACUCUCGCCGCGAGCCCGGCGAGCUAGUGAGCGUUGCAGGGGAUCGCCGUGGGAGAACAGAAGACAGCGGCUAUAUCUCAAGGGGCGCAGCCGGAGCAGGAUCAGCUGAUGACUGCGACAUCCACGGCGGCCGGAGGUUGACGCCGACAGUUCCUCCAACGAGCUUCAUAAGGAUGUCUCCUCAAGAGGAAGCCGCAGGAAUCCCACGAACACGGAGUAUUCUCGCUGCACCCAACAGGGCACAGGUCGCCGUGGGGGCUCCGAUGGGAGUGCCAAGUAGGCGGCCUGUGGGAGCGCAGCGGGCAGAGGAGGAGGAGGAAUUGCAUUCGGCAUUGCGAAGCGCAGGUGCAGCAGCCACAGCAGCAGUAAGACAAGGGAGUACUGGGGGUAGGACAGGCCCUGUGCGGCGAGCAACCAGAAAUGUGAGCUACGCUGCCCUGGCUGGCUUGGAGGAAGCCCCUGAGGAGGCUGCUUUCUACCGUCCGCUUAAAAGGAUGGCUAGAGGGGGGGAAAGCGUCCCUGCAGGUUCUACAGUAACACAUGGGGCCUCGGAUACGGCCUUCGGGGACUUAUGGGAUCGACCGCAUGCGGUCCCACGAGGAGGCGGAGGGGAUAGCGGCGACGGUGCACCUAGUGACCCCCGCCACCACCAGCAACAGCAAGCGCAGGUGCAAGCGCAGGCUCGUGCAAGUCUGCAGCACUGGGUGGCGCUGCAGCGACAGGCUGCUGUUGCUGAGGAACGGCUGCGAGGCAGCAGUCACACUGCAUCUGCAGGGGAGGUGCGCGAAGGUGAAGACAGUCUGUGCACCGAGGAGCUGCAAGAGGCCUUGAAAGGAUUUGUGCAAUCCAUAAAGGCGGGGGCAUCUCCUCCGGUGGUUAGCGUACCACCCAUAGCGAGGGACAGGAGCUUCGCAGCGUUGCACUGA